UCAGUUUCACUUCCCCUGUGGCCGAUGUCAGGGCCGGGAGUGGGAGUCUGGGACCUGAGUGGGCAAGCCAAACGUGGGGAUGGGGAGGAGUCAGGCUCUGUGCACUGGAAUGCUGUCUGCUGGGCUGAGGAAGCAGGUGUCUGUCUCUGUGUGAUCGCUAUCUCAUGUGAACGAACCUCGCCGGGCCGUUCAGAGGCACAACGACCCCCAUUGGCCUGACGCCCAGGCAUCUGGUUUUGUGGGGGGAGCAUCCAGACACUGGAAUACGGGACCUUGGACUGUGGUUGUAUUGAGGAGCCAGAUCUCAGACUUGGCUCUGGCAGGUUGGGAUGGAGUCGCAGAGGUUGGGGGCAGCCUUGGCCCUGUUCUUGCUCAUCGUGGGCACAGUCAUUCAGCCGCAAGCUCUGGCAGGGCUUCACAAGUGGGAAGCCUGCUUCACGGCGGUGGGGGGCGAGGGCAUCCCCUUUGGUCUGUCAAUGGUCGUGCUGGUGGACGGGCAGCAGGUUGCAUCCUACAACAACAGAGUGCAGGAGGUGGUUGUCCGCCUCAGCUGGUUGUACCAGGCUGUGGAAAGGAAGCUGAUCCAGGAGAAGACGGAGGAGCUGAGAAGUUACGAGAAGGAUUUCCACUGGGGAGUGGAGAACUGGAUGCGCUUCCAAAACCGCAGUGGGGGAACCCACACACUGCAGCUUAUCCUGGGCUGUGAGCUGGACAGAGACAUCCAGGUCGGCAGCGUCUUCCGGUUUGCCUACGACGGAGAAGACUUCUACUGGCUGGAUGAGCAGCGUGGGGCCUGGAUGACUUCUGGACCGGCUGCAGAUCGCUUCCUGCCCUUCUGGGAAGGCAGCCCUUUCUGGUCCGAGGUUGUACGUCGUUACACGAAAGAGGAGUGUGCCUCCAUCCUGAAGAGCACCCUGCACUACUGGCACCUCCUGGAGAGCACACCUCCAGAGGUGACCGUGACCCGCCGUGAUGCCCCAGACGGCAGUCUGACCCUCUCCUGCCUGGCCACCGGAUUCUAUCCCAGCUCCAUUCUGCUGCGCUGGGUGAAGGAUGGGGAGGAGGGGCUGUGGGGGGAGGAGAGCUCCAGUGGGACCCUCCCCAACGCUGACGACACCUUCUACCUCCGCCAGACCCUGGAGUUGCGGGCAGGGGCUGGGAACUCCAGCUAUGCCUGCCUGGUGGAGCACAGCACCCUGGAGGUGCCCAUUGCCUACCCGGCCCCACAGAAACCCACGUGGAGGAUGCCCUGGAGUCUGGCAUUGGGUGUGGUGGCUGCUGUCAUGCUGGCUCUGAGCCCGGCCGUGGGCUUCAUCCUAUGGCGGAAGAAGGAAACAGAUCCCGGAAGACUGGGACACUGCUGUUCCGGAGGAGAUGGUGGGCCUGGAUCUCGCUGAAGAGCAUCGUCUGGAGGAGACUGGUCCCUGAGCCUCCCUCCCAGUGUACUCUGCAGCCAAAAUCGUUCAGAGGCCCCUGCAGGGCAGCCAGAAAAGGUAGAAAAAGUCUUGAGAAACGGUUGCCAUGUUAUCUUGUUUCCAAAUGGAACCCUUAAAGAAGUGAGUUCUGAUGGAAAGACCAUUACCAUCACGUUCUUCAACGGUGACGUGAAACAGAUCCUGCCGGACCAGAGGGUGGUUUAUUACUAUGCCGUGGCCCAGAUGAGUCACACUACUUAUCCAGAGGGACUGGAGGUCUUGCAUUUCUCAAAUGGACAAAUAGGUGAAAAUUGAAAAAAAAACCUCUAUCCACCCUAAUCACUUCACAGAUUUAACUUUUUUCACACAAAAAAAAUAUUCUCUCAAAGAGAAAAACAUUACCCUGAUGGAAGAAAAGAAAUUGCUUUUCCUGAUCAGACCAUUAAAAAUUUAUUUGUGGAUGGAUGAGAAGAAAGCAUUUUUCCAGAUGGUUCUAUUGUUCGAGUUCAAAGAGAUGGCAAUAAAAUCACUGAAUUUAAUAAUGGCCAAACAGAACUCCACACGAACAAGUUCAAGAGGCGUGAAUAUCCAGAUGGUACUGUCAAGACUGUGUAUUCUAACGGUCACCAAGAAACCAAAUGUGUUUCUGGGAGUGUGAGAAUUAAGGACAAGGAUGGAAACGUACUCAUGGAUACCAAGUUGUAGUUUGGAUCACGAAGCUACUCGGAUCAUGAAGCGGUGCUGAAUUUCCCUUUUUAAAUAACCUUCCCGUCUCUCUUGAGAACAGAAAAACUGUUUCUCUAAGCUACUUAGUAUGUGGCUCUUACUGUUGAAUAUUAUGUAAAUACAGCAGAUG